UUCCGGAUGACGCCACCUCUCGCUCCGCCCCAGCUCAAACUCGCUCUUUGCGUUCAUUUCAUUCCUCUUCUCAUUCCGAGCAUUCUUCGCAUCUCUGUCAGUGAGCGAAGCGAUUCAUCUACAUCUUCCUUGCCGACCCAGAAACACAAGAAUAACUUGACAUUGUAUUGUGAAUCCCCAGUAACAGCACAUUAGCUAAAGGGGAUGUUUUAUAUGAGAUAUCAAUAACGAGUUAGCUCAGCCUGCAGUUGUUGGGGGAUUUCACUGGAGCCUUUUUGGACCACCUCGACGAAAAUCACCGGAGAGACUUGUUGCUUCACCUCUUCGGACUUUGUUUCUUUACAUCGCCAUCGAAGUUUUGUGUCUCUCCCUAGUCUGCUCCAGGCAUCCGCUUGGAGAGCCCAACUGCCAAAAUUGAUCCCAGCAGCUGGAGCGGCAGCGAGAGCCCUGCCGAGGACAUGGAGAGAAUGAGCGACUCGACAGACAAGCCUGUGGACAAUGAUGCAGAAGGGGUGUGGAGUCCAGACAUCGAGCAGAGCUUUCAGGAGGCCUUGGCCAUCUACCCUCCCUGUGGACGUCGGAAGAUCAUCCUGUCAGAUGAGGGGAAGAUGUAUGGUCGCAAUGAGCUGAUAGCCAGAUACAUCAAGCUACGGACCGGAAAGACGAGGACACGCAAGCAGGUGUCUAGUCACAUACAGGUCUUAGCAAGAAAGAAAGUUCGAGAAAUCCAAGCUGCCAUUAAGGUACGUCUGGCUUUGCCCAGUUGCAGGGGGCUUUUCAUUGCCAUGGUUACAGGCUAUUCCUUUGUUUUCCUCCCCUCCCCUACCCCGCAGGUGUCUAGUCACAUUCAGGUUCUUGCCAGAAGGAAAUCUCGUGAGUUUCAUUCCAAGCUAAAGGUUACAAGUAUGGACCAAGCCGUGAAGGACAAAGCCCUCCAGAGCAUGGCCUCCAUGUCGUCAGCUCAGAUCGUCUCUGCCACGGGUAUUCACAACAAGUUGGGCCUGCCAGGCAUCCCUCAUCCCGCCUUCCCUGGAGCAGGGAUAUGGCAGGGGAUGAUAUCAACGAGUCAGCCUGGAUCCUCACACGACAUCAAACCUUUCACCGGGCAAGCUUAUCCAAUCCCGCCUGCAGUCACAACCACUAUUUCAAGCUAUCAGCCCACAGACACUCCAGCUCCGACGGCACCGGCAUGGCAGGGUCGCUCCAUCGGUACAACCAAACUGCGACUGGUGGAGUUUUCUGCCUUCUUGGAGCAACAGAGAGACCCAGAUUCAUACAACAAGCACCUCUUUGUGCAUAUUGGGCAGACAAAUCACUCUUACAGUGAUGCCUUGCUGGAAUCAGUGGACAUUCGUCAGAUUUGUGACAAAUUCCCAGAAAAGAAGGGCGGACUGAAGGAGCUGUACGGGAAAGGCCCCCAAAAUUCUUUCUUCCUUAUAAAGUUCUGGGCCGACCUAAACUGCAAUAUUCAGGAUGAGAGUGGUUCCUUCUACGGCGUGACAAGUCAGUACGAAAGCUCGGAGAACAUGACCAUCACAUGCUCCACCAAAGUGUGCUCCUUUGGCAAGCAGGUGGUGGAGAAAGUGGAGACUGAAUACGCACGAUUUGAGAAUGGACGCUUUGUGUAUAGAAUAAGCAGAUCUCCCAUGUGUGAAUACAUGAUCAACUUCAUCCAUAAGCUAAAACACCUGCCUGAGAAGUACAUGAUGAACAGCGUGCUGGAGAACUUCACAAUCUUAUUGGUGGUGACAAACAGGGACACUCAGGAGACGCUGCUUUGUAUGGCGUGUGUGUUUGAAGUGUCCAACAGUGAGCACGGCGCCCAGCAUCAUAUCUACAGACUGGUAAAAGAAUGAAUCAGUCUUCUCUCCUUCUCACAGACUCUCUGACCUCCAGACCAGUGGCUGUGCCUCUUGCUGAACGUCACACCGACAACGCUUUUUGUUGGUCAUUACGUGAAGUCUCUUUUUAUCACUGUGUUGUUUUGUGUUGUUUGACUGGAGCUGUGCUGAGUUGUGCUACAGUUUUUCUUUUUUUUUCCCCGCUUCACAGCAGAAAUUCUCCUUGAGAGAUUAGGUGUAACUGUGGCGUCUACGUACAAACAAUUUAAUGGACCUGUGUGUUUUGUAUGUUAUUUUUGCUAAGACAAAAAAUAUAUAAAUGGGCUAUUGGCCUUUUUGUGCUAGUUGCCUAAUGAGGUGGGUGUAAUAUGUUUGGGUGUGUUUAGAAUACAUGUUCCAUACAUAGAGCUCCAAAGAAGCUGACAUGACGCUAAAUAUUAUACUAAAUGAUUUUUUUUUUGUAUUAAAUCUGCAAGUAGUAAAUGAUUUCCUCGUCGAAGCACUCCAGCACCGUCACAGCAGUUUGAAUGCUGUCUAAAAAGACACGCUACAGUCACUUUGCUGGGUUAUCUAAUGAAUUCAGGAAACAUUCCAACCUGCUUAAACAUUCCCAUUUCCCUCAGAUAAAAGAUUUUUUUUUUAUUCCUGGAAAAGUAAAAACACUACACAAAUGUACUUUCAUGUUGUCUAAAAGCACUUUGCUCUUGAACUUUUUGAUGAAUCACAACACAUGAAAUCAUAUUUAGACAGCAGUCAUGUUUUUUUUUUCCUCCUAAAUGAGUUGCACUGCCUGUGUGAUCCAAUGCGGAGCUUUUACACUCCCACUACAUUCCCAUUACCGUGGCCUAUGCCGCCCCCAAGCCUUAAACACGCUAAAACUGUGAUCACACUUUGUGGAAAAUCACCUGAGACUUUUCUGAUACAUUCUGCCAAAGUGUAAGAGUACUACAGUGCCUUAGCGUAGAUAGUCCGACUCUAACAUGUCAUUGGUACACUCCUGAAAGCCCAUUUGAGAUUCACUCCACUCAAAUGCCUCAGCUCAAAUAAAACAUUUUUUUGCUCUACAAAAGUCAUAUAUAUGCUCAAUCUCAGCCUUUUUUUUGUUUUUUCGAAAAUCUUUCCUGUGGUAAAACACCAAAACACACACACACAAAACAGUUCUCUUUUUGUGCUGUGCAUGGUAGCAAAAAGUGCCUUUGGUUUCCCAAUCAAACUGACAGAGAAAUCAAACAUUUCUAGACCAAAAAUGAGAUGAUCCCAAGCACCACAUUGCCUUUUUUUGCUAAAAGGAUUGUAACACUAACAAGGGAAGCAGUUCCGUGCCAUAGGACAAGGCAAGCCUUGACUUCCUCGACUUCAGCAGCUUCAGAAAAAUUAAGAAAAACAUUUUUUUUUUCAAUCCGGCUAAUCUAACUUCUGUUAUGUCAGAGGCAAAAUGUAUUGCUUCUAGUUUAAACAAUGUACUCCAGAAGUCCCUUACUGUAUUAUAGUAGAUAUUCUCUGAAUGAAGGCUAACUGUGCCACACUUUGAACACCCCAAGCAUAGAAUAUGCUCAUGUUUUGCUUUUCACUUAUGAUAUUGUAAGAAUGAAGUACACUUGCUUAAAGCACUGCAACACGCUUGCAGGCUGAAGAGGGAAAAGAAAAUUCAUUUUUCACUCUUUCCAUCAACAGCAGCUGUUGAUGAGGCACAAGUAGACCAGCUCGCAUCAUUUGUAUUCUAAACUGAAACUUCACUCUAUGAACAAAAUUAGUGGGGCAUCUGGGAUUCAUACUUUUACAGGAAGUAAAAAUGGAAGAAAAUGUGCACUUCCACUCUUCUGGGAAGACUUUGUACAAGAUAUUGGAGUGUGUGGAGUGGAAUGUUUGUCCAUUGUUGCACCAGAGAGAUGGGUCUUUUUGCUCAUAAUCUCUGUUUUUGUUCAUAUCAAAGUGGUAUGAUGGGGUUUAGGUCAAGGGUCUAAGGUUCAUGCCUUUAUGGGGCCUUGCUUUGAGAACUUCUCUAAGGAACAAAAAGGCCUCGUCCAACCUGUGAUUUAUAAAAUUUGAAGAUAUGUCCCAAUACAUUCGUACAUUUAGUUCAGGGGUGUCCAAACUUUUUCCACUGAGGGUCACAUUGAUAUUUUGUAGAUCGUGUAGAUGUACAAAGAAGUUCUAGAGUAGAUUUCAAGAAAAAAUAUCUCAGAUUUUUGUUAUGGGAGAAAAAAAACUUUAUUAGUAUCAACUUGGGUAUUUGCUUCUUUUUCCCCAAUUUUUGCUGUCUUUUUUUAAAUGUUCUAUUUUUUAAAAUAAUUUUUGUAUUUUUUUUUAAUAAUCUUCAUCCAGCCCUGUCUUCUGCAUCUGUCUCUCUUAGACCAACUACCCUCAUGUCCUCUUUUCACUACAUCCAUAAACCUCCUCUUUGGUCUUCCUCUACGCCUCCUACCUGGCAGCUGUAAACGCAGCAUCCUUCUACCAAUAUAUUCACUAUCUCUCCUCUGGACAUGUCCCAACCAUCUCAGUCUGAUCUCCAAGGCCCUCUAACAUGUAAUUUCCCUCUGAUGUACUCGUUCAUGAUCCUAUCCAUCCUGGUCACUCCCAAUGAGAGCAUCCUCAUCACUGCUACCCCCAGUUUUGCUUCCUGUCUUUUCUUCAGUGGCACUCUGUAUACCCAUCAGAGAAAAAAUUCCAUCCUGCAUGCACACACUUCUUCACCUCCUUAAAAAUAUAUAUAUUUUUAAUUUAAUAUUUCAUCAUUGAGCUAGUAAAAUAAUGUUAUUUUUCCUCAUAAUAUCACAAGUUUAUUCUUGGAAAAUUACAUUUCCUUGUCAGAUUACAACCUUUUUCUCUUAAGAUUUUUGCACUAUUUUUUUGUUUUUUCCUCCCUGAGUUUUUUCAUAUCUUGCACUUUGGACACCCCUGUUAGCUAAAAGUAUGUUUAAGGUUGCUGUUUCAUGAAUAAUUCAAGCAGGGGGCCGGCCCAUUGAUGUUUGUCACAUGAUUGAUACAAAAUGGAUGCAUAUAGGUGAAUCAGUGUCUUAAAGACACUGUGCUUUCUUCUUCUUAGGCUUUUCUUAUGUUUACCCCCCCUGUAUCUCGCCACAUUUAUUGAUGUACUUGUAUCCGGUUAUACUUGUGUUGACAGCGUCUGUAUAUUGUGUUACUGCUGCUGGUACAUGUUGACAUGUAGUUUCAGCACUACAUCACGACUAUGAGGACUUGAGUGGCAUGAAUGUCUGCACUAUUUUUUGUCAUACAAAAAAAAAUAGACAAAACGCUACACUUUGAAACGGGCUGCAAGAAUAUCAGCAGUUUUGUUAUGUGUCUUUUUUGUCAAGGAAAGAGGUACUGGUACCGUUCUGUUUUCAGAUUAUUUUCCGGUGGUAACUAUCAAGUGAUUUUAAUUGACAUUGCCCAUGUUUUAUGUUUUGUGUGCAGACUUCGUCUAAGAAGGUGCUUUGUAUUAAAAAAAAUUAUAUCUUAGCUUUUUUUCUUGGUACAGAUGUGUGAUAUAUUUCUCUUAUCUAUGACAGUAAUGUGUUAGAGCAAGCAAGAGAAAACAAGCUCUGCUAUGUUUGUAUUUGUAUUUUUUUGCUUAAUUAUUACUAUUAUUAUUAUUAUUAAGGUCUCGUUUUUUUUCUUCGUAACAUUAUGAUGCCUUCUUGAUAAUACUAGAUAUUUUGUAGCUUUCUAUAUCAUUUAUAUGUAUGCAAUACUGCAGUUAAAUAAAUUGGAAAUGUACAGCU